AUGGCUGAAGGUAAUAUCACUUAUGUUACUGAAUUCAUCCUCAAAGGAAUUACAGACCGGCCAGAGCUCCAGGUUCCAUGCUUCCUGGCAUUUUUACUUAUCUAUCUGGUCACAGUGCUAGGCAACCUGGGCUUGAUCACCUUAAUCAGGAUUGAUUCUCGACUCCACUCCCCAAUGUACUAUUUCCUCAGUCACUUGGCCUUUGUGGACCUUUGCUACUCCUCUGCUAUCACACCGAAGAUGAUGGUGAAUUUUGUUGUGGAACCCAACACUAUUCUCUUCCAUGCUUGUGCAGUGCAGCUGGGUUGUUUUCUCACUUUCAUGAUCACGGAGUGUUUCCUUCUAGCCUCCAUGGCCUAUGACCGCUAUGUGGCCAUCUGCAGUCCCCUGCAUUAUUCAACUCUGAUGUCAAGAAGAGUUUGCAUCCAGCUGGUAGCAAUCCCGUACACGUACAGCUUCCUGGUCGCCCUCUUCCACACCAUCAUCACCUUCCGUCUGACUUACUGCGGCCCCAACGUGAUUAACCAUUUCUACUGUGAUGACCUCCCUCUCUUAGCACUGUCCUGCUCAGACACACACAUGAAGGAAAUUCUGAUUUUUGCCUUUGCUGGCUUUGAUAUGAUCUGUUCCUCUUCCAUUGUCCUCACCUCCUAUAUCUUUAUCAUUGCGGCCAUCCUACGUAUCCGCUCUACCCAGGGGCGACGCAAGGCCAUUUCCACCUGUGGCUCCCACAUGGUGGCUGUUAGUAUCUUCUACGGCACUCUGAUCUUCAUGUACCUACAGCCCAAGUCAAACCACUCCUUAGACACAGACAAAAUGGCUUCUGUAUUCUACACAGUGGUGAUCCCCAUGUUGAACCCCCUAAUCUACAGUCUAAGGAAUAAAGAAGUCAAGGAUGCCUCACAGAAAGCCUUAGAUAAAUGUUGUGAAACCUUAAAGUUAUUAAGAAAAUGAUAAU